UACAUAAAAUAAAUAAAAAAAAAAAACAAAAACUUUAUCACUUAGAGCAUAGAACACACCACUUGUAUUCUAUAGUGUUCCGGGUGUGGAACCUUUGAAGCUUCUUCCUCAGUUUCAGAAUUACAAGCUCCUAUCUUUCUAAAAUAAUGGCUUCACUUUCUCUCAACAUGGUUUCAGUUCCACCAAGAACAACAACAAUCUCAUGCACAAGAACAAGGGUGCCUUCACUUCCUUUCUCAUUCACUAGGAGGAGAUUAACUAUUAGAGCAACAGAAACCGAUACAAAUAAUGUUAAGUCUCAGGCACCGGAUAAGGCUCCUUCGAAAGACGGUUCAAGCAUCAAUCAGCUUCUUGGUAUUAAAGGAGCUGCUCAAGAAUCAAAUAAAUGGAAGAUUCGCCUUCAACUUACAAAACCUGUCACUUGGCCUCCGUUGGUUUGGGGUGUAGUCUGUGGCGCCGCUGCUUCUGGAAAUUUUCAUUGGACUAUUGAGGAUGUUGCUAAAUCAAUUGUGUGCAUGUUGAUGUCUGGCCCGUUUCUAACAGGAUAUACUCAGACUAUAAAUGAUUGGUAUGACCGAGAGAUCGAUGCAAUAAAUGAACCUUAUCGACCAAUUCCUUCUGGGGCUAUAUCUGAGAACGAGGUUAUCACUCAAAUAUGGGUGCUGCUACUAGGAGGUCUUGGCUUGGCAGGCCUAUUAGACGUAUGGGCAGGACAUGACUUCCCCAUAGUUUUUUACCUUGCCGUGGGUGGAUCACUUCUGUCAUACAUAUAUUCUGCUCCUCCUUUGAAGUUAAAACAAAAUGGAUGGAUCGGAAACUUUGCCCUCGGAGCAAGUUACAUCAGCUUACCAUGGUGGGCUGGUCAGGCUUUGUUUGGGACACUCACACCCGACAUUAUUGUCCUGACGUUGCUAUACAGCAUUGCUGGAUUGGGCAUUGCCAUUGUCAAUGACUUCAAGAGUAUUGAAGGGGAUAGAGCUCUUGGGCUUCAGUCUCUUCCGGUUGCUUUCGGUACUGAAACUGCAAAAUGGAUUUGUGUUGGUGCUAUUGACAUUACACAAUUAUCUGUUGCUGGGUAUCUUCUUGCGACUGGUAAACAGUACUAUGCACUGGCUUUACUCGGCUUGAUAAUUCCGCAAGUCGUAUUUCAGUUCCAAUACUUUCUCAAGGACCCUGUGAAGUAUGAUGUUAAAUAUCAGGCUAGUGCACAGCCAUUCCUGGUGCUUGGUCUUCUGGUUACUGCUCUUGCAACAAGCCACUGAUCUUUAAUGUGAAUAGUUUCUGAUAUUGAUAUGGAUAGAAGAAUUAAAGAUGAAAGGAAGUGAGUCACUAUUGAAAAAAAAGUAAUUAACAAAUAUUAGAGUUGCUUUAAUUUCUUUAGGAACCUACAUGUUUUAGAUACAUUCUAUAGUUUCUUUGCCUUUUGACACCCUGCAUCUGCAUGGAUUGAGUUAUGAUCUAAGGCUAGCUGGUCCAUUGCUGUGCUUAUUUAAAUUUCUUUUUUAUCUAUAUAAAAAAAUAUAUUUUUGGUUUAUUA